GUAUGCUACUAUUUUAAUGCGAUUUAUGGCGGUGCUUCUCGUCGGAGCUUAUCUUUGGCUUACACCGGCGUUAUCUGUCGCCGAGGUGACUAGAGUCUGAGCUUUUGCGGUGUAUGACAUCGCAGCCCCUCCCCCACCAAACACCAACGAUCUCCCGACAUCUGCCCAAAAUAACCCCACCAUAAAACUCCAACACGGUAACACACCGAUCCCCAAGAUAUCAUCACCAGCACGCAAACCUCAAACGUAGCGAUCGAUCGCUUUCCCGACUUCGCCAUGGCGGACCCAAUCGCAGAGGUCACCGAGGCCACCGUCAAGCUCGUCCUUGACGAUGCGACGGGCGAGAUGGUCACCAGGAACGAGCUCAAGAAGCGCACCCAGAAGCGCGCCAAGAAGGCCGCGAACCAGGCUCGCACCAAGGAGGCCGCCGAGCAGCGAGAGAAGAACCCCAAGGCUGCGGUGCCAAAGCCCAAGGCUCAGGAACCCACGCAGCUCGACCCCGAUGCCAUGUUCAAGCAGGGCUUCCUCUCCGACGUCUACAAGGAGCGGGCUGUGACGCCCGUCGUCACUCGAUUCCCCCCCGAGCCCAAUGGUUAUCUUCACCUGGGACACGCCAAGGCUAUUGCCAUUGACUUUGGCUUUGCUCGGUUCCAUGGCGGCCAGACGAUUCUUAGGUUCGACGAUACCAACCCCGAUGAGGAGGAAGAAAUCUACUUCGAAUGGAUCAUCAAGAUUGUCAAGUGGUUGGGAUUCACCCCCAGCGCCAUCACGUACUCGAGCGACUACUUCCAGAAGCUCUUCGACCUGGCCAAGGAGUUGAUCAAGAAGGAGAAGGCAUAUGUCUGCCACUGCCAGGAGGCUGAGAUUAAGCUCCAGCGCGGAGGCAAGGACGGCAAGGAGGGUCCCCGCUACCGCUGCAAACACGCCGAGCAGGAUAUCGAGACCAACCUGCAGAAGUUCCAGGACAUGCACGACGGAAAAUACGAGCCCCAGACGGCGUUCCUCCGCAUGAAGCAGGACAUCGAGAACGGCAACCCCCAGAUGUGGGAUCUUGCCGCCUACCGAAUUCCCAAGAAGAAGACGCAGCACGUCCGCGCCCCUGAGUGGAAGAUGUUCCCUACCUACGACUUCACCCACUGCCUGGUCGACAGCUUCGAGAACAUCACCCACAGUCUGUGCACUACCGAGUUCAUUCUGUCCCGGGAAAGCUACGAGUGGCUAAACAAGUCUCUUGAGGUCUACGAGCCUAUGCAGCGCGAGUUCGGCCGACUAAAUGUCAGCGGAACCAUCAUGAGCAAGCGAGCUCUGAAGAAGCUGGUGGAAGGCGGCAUAGUCCGAGGCUGGGAUGACCCUCGACUCUACACUCUUAUCGCCAUUCGACGCCGAGGUAUUCCCCCAGGCGCCCUCCUGGCCUUCAUCAACGAGCUCGGUGUUACCACAGCCAAGACCAUUAUCCAGAUUGUUCGGUUCGAGCAGACCGUGCGCCGUUACCUCGAGUACACCGUGCCCCGUCUCAUGAUGGUCCUCGACCCCCUCCCUGUCACCAUUGAGGACAUCGAGGAGACCCAGGAACUCGACGUCCCCUACUCCCCCAAGGACGCUAAGUUUGGCACCCACAAGGUGCGCCUUACUAAGACUGUCUAUAUCGACCGAUCCGAUUUCCGCGAGGAGGACAUCAAGGGCUACUUCCGCCUGGCCCCUGGUAAGACUGUUGGUCUUCUUAACGUCCCUCACCCCAUCAAGGCCACUUCAUUCACCAAGGAUGAGACAACUGGCCAGGUCACCGGUGUCAAGGCCGUCUUCGACAAGGAGUCGAAGCCCAAGACAUACAUCCAGUGGGUGCCCGAUAACUCCAUCAAGCUGGAGGUUCGUAUCCAGAGCCCACUCUUCAAGUCAGACGACCCCAUGGCCGCUGAGGGUGGAUUCUUGAACGAUGUCAACCCCAACAGCGAGACUGUCUACACCGAGGCUCUGAUUGAAGAGGGCUUCAACGAGGUGCGCAAGAAGGCCCCUUGGCCGGUCACCGCAGGCGAGGACGGCGGCGACAGCGGCCCUGAGACUGUCCGAUUCCAGGCCAUGCGUGUUGCCUAUUUCGCUAUGGACUCUGAUAGCACAGACGACAAGAUUGUGCUGAACCGGAUUGUAUCUCUGAAGGAAGACUCUGGAAAGAACUAGAUAGAUGGCUUGCCUGGUGCAUGAAUCAAAUGAACUUCUACAAACCCAGUCUUAUUUUGUGAUGACUAUUAGUUCUAGUGAAUUUUUCGACCGGAAUUCUACGAACCUUAGGUCGAGCAAAUAGGUUAAGCCGCAAAGCGUUGUAGAUGGAAACUGGUUCUGUCUCAAAAUGAGCAUUGCAAUUCGCACACACUCAAAAUGCUACUCGCACACUCAAGGACAUCAACAAUUUUACCAGCAAGUCUCAAUAAUAUAAUACCUAUUCGUAAGUAAACCUAAUAAAUUAAAU